AUGCUCUCGCCAAAGCUUCGGUUUGCCAUGGCAUCAUCUCUCUCGCUCGUCGUCACCGGCCGCUUCCUGCUGGGCUUUGGGCUAGGCAUGGCCAUUCCCAUCAUGGCUCUCUACAUUCCCGAGAUCUCCCCACCGCAGCAGAGGGGCACGUUUGGUGCCAUCCCCCAAGUCCUCACGUGCACCGGAAUCCUUGCCGCCCUGCUUGCUGCCGCUCUCCUGCCCGCCUCAUCGUGA